UUAGCAUUUAGCUAAUGCUGCUCCGACAUGACAUCCAUAACUGGGCAUCCAUCCUGGGCAGGCACAAUCUCAAAAACUGGAACGAGGAGGGAUCUCUGGCGGCCCCGGUACAUCCAUCCCGACUUCAACAGCCAGCUGAGCAGCUACGAUGCUGAUAUUGCUGUGAUCAUGCUUAAGGACGAAGUUCGUUUUGCGCACAUUGAGAUGAGGCUGCACUUUACGGCGAUCCUAAUCAUCUGCAUCGAGCACGUGACCAAGGCGGUCGCCCAGGGGAUGCCGAUCAGUCCCUGCCCGAAGAUAUUCCAAUACCGCUUCGACGGAACCGAGUGGUUCGGUCUGAUGGCCGUUCGCAGUCCGGAUGUCCACAGCCACCAGCCGCUCCACAUCCGGGUCACCCUCUCGAUGCGGGGCAAACCCACUACGAACUACCUGGGCGAAAUCGAGCUGCUGACUCGCGGAAAGUUCGGCCACAACGCACCGAUCCUUUACAAGAUCCGAUUCCCCAAGCACCACUUUCCCCCCAAGCUGCUGCUCAUGUCGGCCAAUAACCAGGUCAUCUGCUUUGGAUCCGGCGAGCACAGCGUCUUCAUGACCCAAAUCCAGCUGGAGCACAUCAGGAAGUUGGCCUUCAUUCCGGACAAGAAGAGCUCCCUGCUGCUGGAUCCCGACGAGGAGGCCGAGAAAACCAUCCAGCCAUCCGGUUCGCCGCACAUCCAGUUCAAGAAAAAACCCUUUGGUCAGCCGCCCAAAGAGACCUGCGGACGCAUCGAUAGAGACCUCGACUUCCGCUUGUUCCAAAGAAAAGACCAUGUCGCAAGCGAUACCAACCCAAAGAGCUCCGAUGCCAUUGCAUCACCGGUGUUUGUCGACGACGACGACGACGAUCAAGACAUCGAGCACUUCGUGGACGAAACGGAAGCCGAUGAGGACAUCACGCUGGAUGACAACAACAGCCUGCCGUCGAUCACCAGGGGAUCGUGGCCUUGGCUGGCGGCCAUCUAUGUGAACAACCUGACCUCCUUGGACUUUCAGUGCGGCGGAACGCUCGUCUCGGGACGCGUGGUGAUUAGCUCAGCACACUGCUUCAAGCUGUUCAACAAGCGCUACUCCUCCAACGAGGUGCUCGUCUUCCUGGGCAGGCACAAUCUCAAAAACUGGAACGAGGAGGGAUCUCUGGCGGCCCCGGUAGAUGGCCUUUACAUCCAUCCCGACUUCAACAGCCAGCUGAGCAGCUACGAUGCCGAUAUUGCUGUGAUCAUGCUCAAGGACGAAGUUCGAUUCAACACCUUCAUUCGCCCCGCUUGCCUGUGGUCUGGGUCCAGCAAGGCGGAGUACAUUGUGGGCGAGCACGGCAUCGUCAUCGGCUGGAGCUUUGACAGAUCGAACAGGACGCAGGAUCAGAAGCCGUCAGCGGCCAUGGGAAAGAAGACUGCCAAGGACACCAGCACCCCCAAGGUGGUGAGGGCGCCCGUUGUGGGCAACUCCGAGUGCUUUCGGGCCAACGCCCACUUCCGCAGCCUCUCCUCAAACCGCACCUUUUGCGCUGGCAUCCACACGCAGGAACGCGAUCCGCACCAGAGUAGUGCGCCUAGUCCCUACACUGGCAUUUCGGGGGCCGGGCUGUUUAUCCGGAAGAACAAUCGCUGGAUGCUGCGCGGCACUGUGUCGGCGGCACUGCCUGCCGUGGAGUCAACGGAUCGCUCGGGAUCAGGCCAGAAGCACUGUUGUAGCAACCAGUACAUCAUAUAUGCUGACGUGGCCAAGUUUCUUGAUUGGAUCACGGCCUUCAUCAUUUAAAUCGCACCCAAAUGUGAAUGGAAUAGCAUUUAUGUAUAAAUAAGCGCUGUGAUAGCCCCAUGGGCAUAGCGAUGGAAGGAAAUCAUGUAAGGCACCUUCCAAGUACUCAAAGUUAUUAGCCGAUUUGGGUUUUUCUUAGUUUUUCUAAUGAAAAUUGUGAUUGCGGCAUAAGAUGGUAGAGCAACGCGUAUAAAUAAAUUACUUGUAUAGUA